CGUAGCAAAAUGGCCGCCUGACUCGAGUGAGUGAGUGAGUGAGUGACGUUUCUCGCAAGGUGUUUACGUCUGCGAUCGUGCCGUGCAGUCUUCGCGCAUGAAUAUUCGCGCGUGCAAACGUGUACUGCCUUCGCAACGUGUCACACGUUUAUCUGCCUCACCCGCGCGGAAAGUGGUCGUUUGCGCGACCGCAAGUGAGUGCGGCUGCGUUCCGUCCGCACUGCUCAACUCGCCGCAAACGGAUUUAGAGGGGCAAUAUUUUCGGAAGAUGGAUACUCGAUGCAAAGCAUAGGUUGAUAGAGCCUACUGUGUGGUAGCUGCCAUGCCAACGUACCACAAUGCGGGUGGCGGAUACCCGAAUGUGUCAGCGCCAGCGAGGCAAGCGAAGCUCGACGGCAAUCAAAAUCAUCACACUAUCCCUUCAAACGUAACAUCUCAUCCCCUCAUACAAAACCACACACAGCAGCAACAACAACAGCAACAGCAACAGCAACAGCAACAACAACAACAACAACACAGUGUUCCUUCCAACCUGACUACAGGUAGCAUUCCGUCCCACCCAGUGUCGCCGACGAUGACCACGCAUUCGAGUGUCACCACGUCGAAUAUCACGACACACAUGAACACCACGUCUUCGCCGGUAAUUCUCACCUCGAAUGUCAUUAAUCCGGGCGCCAACACUACCGCGUUGCCAGCUAAUCCACGACACGAAGUGAAACUGAACGCUAUGCCAUGGUUUCAUGGGAAGAUAUCGAGGGAAACGGCAGAAAGGUUGUUGCGACCACGAGAGGAUGGCUUGUUUCUAGUUCGAGAGUCGACGAAUUUCCCUGGGGAUUACACACUCUGUGUGUGUUACCAGGGACGUGUACAGCACUAUAGGGUGAAAUAUAAAAACAACCAGUUAACGAUCGAUGACGAGGAAUUUUUCGAAAAUCUAGCGCUCUUGGUCGAGCAUUACGAACAGGACGCGGAUGGUUUGUGUACGCAGCUAAUGAAAUCUUUGCCGAAACAGGGCAAGCAAGAUUUCUGCGUGGAUCCAAAGGCAUUUGUAGAAGCCGGUUGGGUGAUUCAGACUCACGAGUUAGAGUUAAGGGAGUGUAUUGGAAAGGGCGAAUUUGGGGAUGUACUGUUAGGCGUCUAUCGAGGGGAAAGGGUCGCGGUGAAAAUGCUAAAGGAUAACAGUGAAGCGGCACAGAGGUUUUUAGCCGAGGCGAGCCUAAUGACCUCGUUGAUUCAUGACAAUCUGGUUAAAUUACUCGGUCUUGUUUUUAAUAAUCAACACAUGUACCUAGUUACGGAGUAUAUGAGCAAAGGAUCUCUGGUGGAUUAUUUACGGUCGAGAGGAAGAUUACAUGUUUCAAAAAAGGAUCAGAUUAACUUUGCAUACGAUACGUGUGCCGGUAUGGCGUACCUGGAAUCCAGACAUGUUGUGCAUCGAGAUUUAGCGGCGAGAAAUGUUCUCGUAGCAGAGGAUAAUUCCGCCAAGGUGUCCGAUUUCGGCCUGGCGCGGGAUGAAAACUUUUCUCUUGACGGUGGAAAAUUGCCGAUCAAAUGGACUGCACCAGAGGCUCUAAAACAAAAUAAGUUUUCAAACAAGUCUGAUAUGUGGAGUUUCGGAAUUCUUCUCUGGGAAAUUUAUUCCUUUGGUCGUGUGCCGUAUCCACGAAUUCCUCUAGCCGACGUUGUAAAGUGCGUAGAAAAAGGAUAUAAGAUGGAACCACCAGAUGGAUGUCCUGCGGAAGUUUACGAUAUUAUGAGACAGGCAUGGGAUUUACAGCCAGAAAAGAGACCGAGUUUUCACGAUAUAAAAGUAACACUCGGCCAAUUGAGAGCUGAGUACACCAAAGGCGUGAAUUAAGAAUUUAAUACAACUUAAAUAAACUUAGCGAGAACUGAAAAAGCUGGGACUGGAAUGCCCGAAUGAUUUCUCAAUUUCAAGACGAAAAUAGUGAUUUUGAAUGUUUCUGUUAGAAGGGAGAGUGACAGGACUUCGAUUGUACAUUGUAUACAAAAAAUAGUAUUCGCUUUGCUUAUAUUUAUUGUUACUUUAGUUGAAAUGUGGGGAGAAUUUUAAUUUUUAUAUAAUAAUAUUUUGCACACACAAGCAUUACCUAUGGUCAAUCGUGCCUUUGUCCAAGUUGAUGUUCUCGAGCAGGAAAUUCAACUUGUACAUAAUGAAAUCCGAAUAUAUUCGGGAUAAAAUCAACAGAUGCGUAAUUUGCCUAUUACUUAAUUUUCGAUAGUCAUGUGUGAAGUUUAUUACGAUA